CGGUGAGGGGGCGGCGCGGCGGCAGGGGGCUGGAUGGAGUAUCUGCGGGUGUUGGGCCGGGGCUUAGGCCAGCUCAGAGGUCAUGGAGGCGUCUUUGGCUAUUUGCGCCAGUUCUUCAGGGUAAACGAUGUGAGGGUUGGCACAUUAGUAGGAGAGGACAAAUAUGGAAAUAAAUAUUAUGAAGACAACAAACAGUUUUUUGGUCGACACCGAUGGGUUAUCUACACCACUGAAAUGAAUGGCAAAAAUACCUUCUGGGAUGUGGAUGGAAGCAUGGUGCCCCCUGAAUGGCAUCGUUGGCUCCACUGCAUGACUGACGACCCUCCCACGAUUGUCCCUCCCGUAUCUCGGAAGUUCAUCUGGAAGAACCACAAAUUCAACGUGAGCGGCACUCCUGAGCAGUAUGUCCCCUAUUCCACUACACGGAAGAAGAUUCAGGAAUGGGUCCCACCUGCCACCCCUUACAAAUAGACCCCACCAAGAAGAGAAGGUCCAUCUCUGGUGGACCCCCAUCUGUGUGGGGUGUCUAUGUACAUUGUACAUUAAAAUCCUUUAAUAAAAUUGUAUUAUGUGUUCAGAUCCA